AUGAUCAACCCCGUUAACAACUAUCCCUUGCUUUAAGAUGAGGAAGAAAAAGAUGACUAUGGAGAAGGCAACAGAUUGAUCCUAUCAGAUUUUUAACUUGGUGAUAUCAAAUCUAGAUCUUAGUCGGGAUCUUUAAGCCACUAUAGUGAAAGCUCUUAGGAAUCUCAUUAUUCAAAGGCUUCCAAUUGGACUAAGGGCAGGAGUAGAUAAAGAUUAAAAGUUCCUGUAUCACUUAAGAAUAACAAUCAAAUUUCAAAGGCUGUAAAAGAUAGAAAAAGCAUCACAAAACCUAAUCCAAAGCAAAAAUUCACCGAUCCUUAAAAAGAUAUAGUGUAAUAAGUAGUUGAGGAAUAAAUCAAAAACGAAGUAGAACCUGAAUUCAAUGAUAAACCCAUUCCCCCGAAAAGGCCCCUCUCUCCCUACAUUUUCUUUAGCUAAGAAAGACGUAAGAUCCUUAAACAGAUUCACCCCGGUUGGUCAACGAAACAAAUUAUGAGAGUAGUCUCACAAUAAUGGAAUAGAUUGGCUGAUGACCAAAAAGCAUAGUAUAAGGUGAUGUCUGAUUCAGAUAGAAAACGAUUCGAUGAUGAGAAAAAGCAGCAAAGAUAAAGUACAAGAGGCAAAAGAAAAAAAGGGCAAAUUCCUUAGCCUGAUUAGCUUAAGCCAAUUGAAGAAAAACCUGAAAUUCUUAUCCUUACUCCUUGA